CGCUAUUCCCUCAGAGCAGCAGCAGCUGGCGGCAGCGAAGCGGCGACUCUCACUCAGCUAACAACGAUCAAGGCUCUCCACCCGAAAUUGUCACCUAUUCCUUCUCUCCAGUGAUGCUGCCCGUCCCGCUGAGUUAUUCCAGCAUUUUGUGUCUAUCUUCGGCGUAAAUCAGCAUCUGCAGUUCCUUCCUACCCUAUGAAUGAUCAAUUCUACAUUUCCUUUGGGCAGCGUCUGCUUUGAUCUGCUUUGAGGGUGCAGCAGCAUCUAUGGAGCGAAGGAAAUAGGCAACGUUUCGGGCCGAAACCCUUCUUCAGACUCCGAAGGUACACGAAAAUGCUGGAGAAACUCAACGGGCGUCUCUAGUCUCCCUCUCCCCUGACUGUCUGAAGAAGGGUCUCGACCCGAAACAUCGCCCAUUCCUUCUCUCCAGAGAUGCUGCCUGACCCACUGUUAUUCCAAUAUUUUGCAAAGAUUAUAGAGGAGCUCCUCUAGUAUCUUUGGUAUUGUGUGUCUAUCUUUUACUGACGGGAAACCGCGCUUGGAGCGCCGCACCGCGGUCACAGGCGGCGCAGCAACGGGCGUCUAACGGUGCAAGAGUCGAUUAAAAAAAAUUACAGUGAUUUAAAGGUCAAGGAACAAGUGCUGGAUGGAGUAACUCCGCGGGCGAGGCAGCCAGCAUCUGUGGAGGGAAUGUACAGACGAUGUUUGGGCUCGGGACCCUUCUUCCUCUGAAACGUUGCCAGUCCAUUUCCCGUCAGCCACAAUGCGGAGGAAGGUACUGCAGAUGCGGGUUUACACUGAAGAAAGACACAAAAUGCUGGAGUAACUCAGCGGGACAGGCGGCACAUCUGGAGAAAAGGAAUGGGUGACUCCAACAAAAAAGUGUGUCUAUCCCUUCACACACAAGUUAUUUGUGGCUGCAGUCCCGAGCUUCCCCGCUACCUGCCGUUUUAAUUCUCCGCUCCACUCGUGUUGUAUGCGGUCUCCUGUGCUGUUACAACGAAGAAUGUCAGCUUGAGGAAUGUCAGCUUGAGGAAUGUCAGGUUUCCAGACUUGAGAUGCAACUGCAGACAGAUGUCCAUCUGGCACUGGGGGAGCCACACGCCGUGUUUAACAAGCACCAGACGUCUUACCCCGAGGCAUUUACCACCAGAGGCGGGGAUUUCAACAAAGCCAACCUUAUGAAAUCGCUCCCUAACUUCCACCAACAUGUCUCCUGUAGCACCAGAGGACCAAACACCCUCGACCACUGCUACACGACCAUCAAGGAUGCCUAUCGCUCUAUCCCUUGCCCUCACUUCGGUAAAUACGACCAUACUGCGGUGCUGCUUCUUCCUGCCUACAGGCAGCAAUUGAAGAGCGCACUCCCAGAGGUGAGGACUGUACAGAGCUGGUCGGGGGAGGCAGAGGAACAACUCCAGGACUGUUUGGAGUCUGUAGACUGGGCAAUGUUCAGGGACUCGGCAACGGACCUGAAUGAAUACGCCACAGUUGCUACAGAAUUCAUAAAGAAAUGUGUGGAGGACUGCAUCCCAACAAAAACCUUCCGAGUGUUUCCUAACCAGAAGCCUUGGAUGAACCAUGAGAUCCGCAUUCUUCUGAAGACCAGAUCCCGGGCAUUCAGAUCUGGAGAUAAGAGGUCUACAAGAAGACCAGAUAUGACAUUGGUAAGGCCAUCAAAAAGGCCACAAGGGACCUGCUCCAAGCUGGGGGAUGAGACGGAUGUUCGGCAACUGUGGAGGGGCUUGAAUGCCUACAAGGCGAAGUCAGGAGGCAGCUCAAAUGUCAGCGAAGCAUCACUCCCUGACGAGCUCAAUGCAUUUUACGCACGCUUUGAUAGGGAAAACACUGAUGUGCCUUCCUGAGCCCCCAUUCGCCGUGAUGGGAUUUUGGUCACAGUCACAGAGGCCAACAUCAGAAGAUCCUUCAGAGGGGUGAACCUUCGGAAAGCACCUGGACCUGAUGGCAUACCCGGGCGUGUUUUACAAACCUGUGCGGACCAACUGGCUGGAGUUUUUACGGACAUUUUUAACCUUUCACGUCUGAGGAUCCCACCUGCUUUAAAAGGGCAUCAAUAAUACCGGUGCCCAAGAAGAGCAAGAAGACGUGUCUCAACGACUAUCGACCAGUGGCACUAACGUGUGUGGUGAUGAAGUGCUUUGAGGGGCUGAUCAUGGCGCAAAUCAACUCAUACCUCGACAAAAACCGGGACCCACUACAGUUCGCUUACCGCCACAACAGAUCAACGGUGGAUGCGAUCUCACUGGCUCUCCACUCCACUCUGGACCACUUGAGACGACAACAAAAACCCAUAUGUCAGGCUGUUAUUCCUUGACUGCAGUCCGGCAUUUAAUAC